UUUGGGGAUGGAUCUGUCAAAACUGCUCUUGCAGAGGGGUUUUGGCACCGCCUGGGGACACCCACCGCAGGUGACUGUCACCCUGUGGCUUGGCCCACCCUCAGCACUCAUUGCACAUUGCCUUCUCCCCGCAGCGUGUGGUCUCAGAGCCAUGAUGAAGCUUCUGCCCAUCGCCCCGCUCCUCCUGCUUCUCCUGACGAUGCUGGAAGCCAGACCAAAACCUGCAGCCCUGAAGUGCAGGACAGGUCCGCUGGACAUCGUGUUUGUGAUCGACAGCUCCCGCAGCGUGCGCCCCUUCGAGUUCGAGACCAUGCGGCGGUUCAUGAUGGACAUCAUCAGCAGCCUGGACGUGGGCCCCAACGCCACACGGGUGGGGGUGAUCCAGUACUCCAGCCAGGUGCAGAACAUCUUCUCCCUCAAGACCUUCUUCACGCGGGCGGACAUGGAGAAGGCCAUCAACAGCAUCGUCCCACUGGCCCAGGGCACCAUGACGGGGCUGGCCAUCCAGUACGCCAUGAACGUGGCCUUCACCACGCAGGAGGGCGCGCGCCCUCUGCACAAGAAGAUCCCCCGCAUCGCCAUCAUCGUGACGGAUGGACGGCCCCAGGACCGUGUCACCGAGGUGGCCACCCAGGCCCGGAACGCUGGCAUUGAGAUCUACGCCGUGGGCAUCCAGCGGGCAGACAUGAACUCGCUGCGCGCCAUGGCCUCGCCGCCGCUGGAGGAGCACGUCUUCCUGGUGGAGUCCUUCGAGCUCAUCCAGCAGUUUGGGAAGCAGUUCCAGGACAAGCUCUGCGGGGUGGACAUGUGCAUGGGACAGGAGCAUGGCUGCCAGCACAGCUGCAUCAGCACCCCUGGCUCCUUCUACUGUGAAUGCAACCCAGGCUACAGGCUCAACAUGGACGGAAAGACCUGUUCCUUCAUCGAUGCGUGUGCAGACGGGAGACACGGCUGUCAACACCAGUGCGUCAGCGUCCGUGGGUCGUACACGUGCCACUGCCGUGCGGGUUACUACCUCCACCAGAACAAGAAGAGCUGCACCAUGAUCGAUUACUGCAGCUUCGGAAACCACAGCUGCCAGCACGAGUGUGUGAGCAUCCCCAACGGGCACUACUGUCGCUGCCGCAGCGGGUUCACGCUGCAGCCCGACAGCAGGUCCUGCAGAGCCACUGACCUCUGCAAUGGGGUGGAUCAUGGCUGCGAGUUCAAGUGUGUGAGCACGGAGGGCUCCUACCGCUGCGUGUGCCCUGAGGGCCAGCAGCUCCAGGCUGAUGGCAAGGCGUGCAGCAAGUGUGGGUCUGGACAUGUCGACCUGGUGAUGGUGAUUGAUGGUUCCAAGAGUGUCCGGCCCCAGAACUUUGAGCUGGUGAAGCAGUUUGUGAACCGCAUCGUGGACCUGCUGGAGGUGUCCCCGCACGGCACGCGCGUGGGGCUGGUGCAGUACUCCAGCCGCGUCCGCACCGAGUUCCCCCUCAACAAGUACCACAGCGCGGAUGAGAUCAAGAAGGCGGUGAUGGAGGUGGAGUACAUGGAGAAAGGCACCAUGACGGGCCUUGCCCUCAAGCACAUGGUGGAGCACAGCUUCUCCGAGCUGGAAGGUGCCAGGCCUCUCUCCCACAACAUCCCCAGAAUCGGGCUCGUCUUCACAGAUGGGCGCUCCCAGGAUGACAUCUCUGAAUGGGCCAGGAGAGCGAAGGAGUCAGGGAUCGUUAUGUUUGCUGUGGGUGUUGGUAAGGCUGUGGAAGAGGAGCUGAGAGCAAUCGCCUCUGAGCCCGUGGAACAACACUUCUCCUACUCAGCAGACUUCACCACCAUGACCCACCUCGUGGAGAACUUCAAGCUGAACAUCUGCCCAGAGGAAGGCAAAGGGGAGACCGAGAUCCGCAGCCCCUGCGAGUGCGAGGCGCUGGUGCAGUUCCAGACGAACACCGUGGCCAUCCUGCAGAGCCUGACCGAGAAAAUUGCUCAGAUGACAGCCAGACUUGAAGACUUGGAAAAGCAGAUUGCCAAGAAGAAGUGAUCCUUACAGAGGGCUGCAGCGCUCGUACGGGGCACGGGGAUGAACAGUAGCUACGUGGCAUUGUUAUUGCUAGGUUAUUGUAAAGCAUCAGUGUUUGUUCUUGUAUCACAAAACCCCCGGAGGGAUGUGGAGAGUAUUUAAAAACCCCAAAAUCCUAAAAACAAAACCCAAACCAAA